UCCUUUUUGUGUAGCGAGCAGCACUUUUUAACUACAGCGACAAGUUGAGAUCCUGUGAAUAAUUUAUAGGCAAUGUGGAGAUGAACCAGCUGUAGGCCUACAUGGAGACCUUCUGUACCGGAAUCUUGACAGCUUCCAGACCAGUUAACCAGCAAUCCUUGCCAUUCUGUUGAAAAAUUGAAGGGGAAACUAUGGACCACCAGAGUUUGCCAUUAAAUAGUCUUGGGGAACUGACACUGAGGAGGCUCAGCAUAUUUCUGGACAACUGCACCAAGAAGGGAUGGAGGAAACUGGCUGAAGUUAUUGGCACAGACAGACGGUUUAAAUGCAGUGAGAAUGAGUUGGAGAUCUGCUCACUGAAGGUUCUUGAGCCGGAUGGAAGCCCAGGCCGCUACUUUAUCCAGUUAUUGGCUGAUCGCGGCUGCUCAGUGAACUAUCUAAUCAGCUGUCUACGUAAGAUGGGCCAUACAGAGGCGUUGCAGUGCCUAAUGUCAAUGGGUUUGCUGAUGCCUGCCCUUUCUACAAACCCGGAUACUCUUCAAAUCAUUGUACAGCCCAAACAACAAAGCGCUAUUGUUGGAGACACGGUCUCUCUGUGCUGCCAAGCUAUCGGGCCUCCAGGUCUUCAGUAUCAGUGGUUUCGAGGAAAGCAUGAGGUCAAGGGCGGAAACUCCUCAGAGCUUCUGUUUAACUGUGUUAACCUUCAUGAUAAUGAUUGGUAUGUCUGUAGGGUUCACUGUGGAACCCAGUACAUAUAUUCCAAAUGGGUCCAGCUCAGAGUGGCCAGCAGCCCAACAUCAGCUUUUCCUGCAGCGAGUGGAGUUUGCUUGUCUUUGAGCAGGGUGCACAUUGUGGUGCAGCCCAGCUCAUUGACCCUGAAGGAGGGUGAUACCAUGGUUCUUCCAUGUUAUGCCUUUGGUGAUCCUCCACCAAAGUACCAGUGGUUUCGGAACAACCGGAUACUGCCUGAGGCAAAUGAACCAUAUCUGAAGAUUAAUGGAGUUACAACUGCUGACCGUGGAGAUUAUUGCUGUCACGUGUUCAAUCUUCAUCACGAGGUCUGGAGCAAGGUCGUUUCUGUGGAGAUCGGACCAAAUACAUCCUUCAAUGGGGCAUUUUUCGUGAACACUGAUGAAGGUUCCAGCCCAGGAACACAGCUGAAAGCUCUCCAUUGGCCUGUCGAGUUCUAUGCAACAGACAAGGUAGCUCUGCUGAUGGGGAACAUGAAUUAUUUACACCACAAGCAGCUGAAGGCUCCAAUGGUGGAUGUGCAUGAGCUUACAAACCUCCUUCGCCAGCUCGACUUCAAGGUGGUGUCCCUCCUCGACCUCACGAGACUCGAGAUGCACAGAGCUGUCAAUGAGUUCUUACUGCUUCUUGACAAGGGAGUUUAUGGUUUGCUUUAUUAUGCUGGCCAUGGAUAUGAAAACUAUGGGAACAGCUUCAUGGUUCCAAUUGAUGCUCCAGGUUCCUACACAUCCGAACACUGCCUGUGUGUCCAGAGCAUUCUGCAGCUGAUGCAGGAGAAGCAAACUGGGCUCAAUGUCUUCCUCCUUGACAUGUGUCGCAAAAGGAACAUGCACGAUGAAAUCAUUCCACAAAUGGAAGCCUUGCGAGUCACUGCAAAUAUUGUCUAUGGUUAUGCCACUUGCCCAGAUGCAGAAGCAUACGAAAUCUGCCAAGACGAGCUUACAAAUGGGAUUUUCAUCAACUUCCUGAAAAAACGUUUAUUGGAGGAUGAAAAAAUCACAGUCCUGCUGGAUAAAGUUGCAGAAGAUAUGGGGAAGUGUGAACUUACCAAGGGAAGACAGGCUUUGGAGAUCCGGAGCAGCUUGUCAGAGAGACGGUCAUUGAGAGAUCUUAUUAAACCACCCAAACAUCAAGACGCCUAUUCAGCCAGGAACCUGCAGUGGGCCAAGGCCCAUGCUCUUCCAGAAAGCAGCUAUGUGCAUUUUGAAUGUGGAGUCACUGUCCGCCUGGGAUUUGCAGCUGAGUUUUCAAACAUUAUGAUUAUUUAUACCAGGAUAGAGCAAACUCAGAAGGACAUCGCUAAAUGUGAAGCUAGAUUGGCUGAUUUUUCAGAGGACUUGGAUGUUGACCUCAAACACACAAACAAAGAAUGCCCUGAGGAAACAGGCAGCAUCCUCUUCACCGUCAAGAACUUUGACUAUCCAGAUAAGUGCCUGUACACUAGGCUUCGUGGCCUGCAAAAACUACGGAAGGAGCUGAGCUUUUCCAUCUGCCUUCAAUAUCGAUAUAAAGGAAUGGAGGAUUCCAUAGAGGAGAAGAAAGUAGUCAGUAUUGGAAAACCCCUUGUGUCUAAACUCAACCUGCAUGGAUCAGAGCAUCAGAAUGAAUACAUGUCAAUUUAUGGCUCAUUGCAAAGUUCUGCAAGUGAACCUUCACGGCUGUUAAUCCGUGACUCACUUCUCACUCACUCUCCAUUACCAGGCUCUUUACGUUCCUGCAAUAGUUUAAGUGACCUUGAUUAUUAUAGUAGUUUAUAUCGCUACAGGAACAAAUCCACCAAUCUGUACUACAGCACCCAGGAGCAGCAGAACAAGAGACCAGUGUCAGCGGAAGCUACUGGACUGAUGACUAAAGAGACCAUUGAGGGGAUAACUGCUCAAUUUAAAUCUCUAAAUUCUUCGUAAUGAUCUUGACAUUCUGUUCAUGCACAUAGGUCAAGAGGAACAAUAUUGAGGAAUUUUAUACCGGGUACAAAAGAAAGACUUUAGCACGUUAAUUAGAAAGGGCAGGAGGCUGAUUGUGGAACUCAGACAAUGAAUACAAACAUUUGUUUUCUUGUGAGACUGUAUACUACGUGAUUAGCAUUUUGCUACUUCCAGUUUUAACCUGUCUUUCUGACAAUGAGCCUGUACACGUUCUGCUAUUUUCCCUCCUCAGGACAGGACAGCAAUGCUUCAUAACUCAAGUUUGACCUGUUGGAUAUAAAGGGAAGGACCGUCCUAUUGCUGUCAAUGGCACUGUUGAGUAAUCCUAACAGAACACCAACAUGCACGGUCUAAAUUCAGCACAUGACUCACAGAUUUAAAUAUCAAGACAAGCACGCCAAAGAACAAGAAAGUGAUCUGCAACUUCCCUACCCUUUGAGGGAUUUUACCCUGUGUCCUUUUCAUCUUUUAAGUCUAAUAGUUUCCUUCAUUUCAUUCUGAAGCGUGUUAACGUUGAAAGACUAGUUCUGCCUUUGCUGUCCCAACUAUUUACUAUGCUACUGAGUCUGUCAUAUUUAGUAGAUUUAAUCGGCAACUCACACUGAUUUAGCUAAUCUCUGCCUGUGUGGUGUUGGGGCAUCACAGUUGACCUUUGAGCCCUGAUUUAGGGAGGUGUGAAGUCAGUUGAGCUUCUUGCUCACAAUCACUAUCAAGCAAGAGAUCUUGGAAUAAAAGAUAUGUCUGUGAAUGUUACAUGCAUGUAGGUUUGGGCUGUAUUAUAAUUCAGUAUACAAUUGCAUAACCUCCCCUCACGCUCCAUCUGGGCUAUCACACAGAGCAUAGCAAUCUUAAGUGGUAGAUAAUGCCCAUGGAACCUAUACUUGGGAACACUGAACUUCGAAUGACCAGGAGGGUGGGGCAGAGUUGGACCAAGAUGUAAAAGUGGACAAAAUAUUCUCUUAUAUACCAGUGUACAUUCAGACUCAGGUUAUGAUGGUUACUGAAUCUGAUAUUUCCUUUUAAAUGCUCUUGUGCUGGGUGUACAUCAAUUCUGAUAUUGUGGGAUUUUUGUAUUAUAUGUCAGGACCAUUUGCUAAAACAAAUAAUUG